AUGGCUGCGCAGCAAGAGCAGCCCAACCCAGGGCUGCAGACCGUGCCGACUCUGGCUCGCGAUGAUCGUUACACAUGGGCAAAAGCGGCUGACCUGGCUCUGCGUCAUAUCGCACGAGUACCAGAGUUUGUUAGGCACCCUGACGAUACAUUCGUCGAGCGUGGCGUGCCGCAAUCGCCGUUGCCUACAAGCACGGUUGCCCGCGAGCAGCCCCUCGUUAAUCUUGACGCGCACGUUCCUUGGCUUGUCCGUGUUCCAAAGACUGCACCUUAUGUGAAGGCCCUCAUCGACAAUGUUCAUUUCACGCUCACGCGCGCGCCAUCGGAUUAUCUCCCAGCAUAUUCCGAUCUGUGGGUCUGCCCAAACCAUCCUUGCGGGUUCACUGUGGACCUCUCCGCUCUAUCGAACGUGGAUGUCAUUGAACUGCGAAAGGCGACAAAUGGACAGUAUCUGCCGACGUUUACCGAGUACAGCGACGGGGGCGUCGUGGCAUUGGUAUCCUCCCGUCGCGAGGUUGUCGACAUCAUAGGUCUUAGACACUACGAGGAAGCGCACUUGCACCAGCUGGGCAUACGGCAUGUUAUACAUGGCCAACGCGACGACGGACGGAUCCUCUUCUACUGGGUGCCCGUUGACAUCCUGAGCCUUCUCACCGAGAACAGCGUGCGCGGCUCCGUGGCCCGACACUACGAAGAGAAAUGUCGGGCGAAUACGCAGCGCGCUAUGGCUUUCACCGCACGUGUGUGGGCGGCCGACAUUCUCCAAGGGAUUCGUGAAGACGAGCACGAUGCGCGCCAGCAGUCACGCCGUUCGCAGUCCGAUUUCGCUCAGACGGAAUUCGGGCGCCUGACCAAUCUCAACGUCGACCGCGUGGACAGUUUAUUCGAACCGCACGCGGCGUUGCUCUUAGGACGCGGACCGAAGAGUGCUGCUGUUCGGGAGCCCAUGCGAGCGAUGGAGCGCCUACACGAACGGUUCUACGAUGUCGGGGCGGGCGGUGGAUCCGUUGCUCCUGACCGUGACAGGUUACGCGCGGCGGCUCAAGAGCAACAGGUGUUCUGGAGUACAGGGGAGGGGUCUGAACGUAUGAAGAAAACAGCUACCACUCCGGCGACGUAUGCAGUCACCCUUCCCCGGGCGCGUGUGGAUUAG